UUGGCGCAACCUGGAGACAGCAAAAUAUUUUUGUUUUUUCCCAUCAUCCUGGUUCUGUUCCGUUAUAAUUUUGUUUUAGUUUACCAUCGUAAGCCUUAGCUUAGUGUAGCAGUAAGCCGGAGCCGCCGAAAAGACGUAUGAGAUGAUUCCGAGAACCAAAGUGUUUGUCGGCAGCUUGCCCCCAGCGACCAAGCCGGAGGAGGUGCGCCGGCUGUUCGAGAACUAUGGCGUGGUGACGGAGUGCGAUGUCAUGAAUCGGUGCGCGUUCGUGCACAUGCAGAAUCAGGAUAUGGCUGAGAGCGCCAUCCAGGCACUGCACAAUACAACUUUUAAGGGCGUUACGAUUGUGGUCGAGCGGGGUCGCGUUCGCGAAAGACCCCCGGGUGGAGUCGGUAUGGAUAGUGCACGCGGCCGCGUUGGAGCUGGCCCGAUGCGUGGGUCAAGGGGCGGAAUGCGCAGCCAGCCGUACGGUUCAUACGGGACAGCACGCACUCCGGGAGGUUAUGGAACACGUGCAAGCUACGGUACUGGCAGCCGAGGUUACGAGGGAACCUACAGUUACAGGAAUGAUGUCGGAUACAGUUCCUCCAGCAGCGCGUAUGGUUACGGGUACACCAGCAAUGGAGGUGGCUACGGUAGCACUCGUCACUCCAGCAGCGAAGACCGCCGUGGUUUCACGCUACCGUCUUACCCGACCGAUCAAAGCCGAGCAGCAUACGGCAGCUCUUACGACGGUUACUCGAGCUACGAUGGCUACAGCAGCUACGGAUACGAUACUACCCAAGCUUCGUCGAGCUAUCAACGGUGGCCAACAUCGUCGGCUGCCGCCGCUGACAGCUAUUCCUACGCUAGCGGUUAUUCGGCUCCGGUGGAUGGUGGUACCGUCGGGCAGAGCACAGAUUACAGUCAAUCCUAUCCUGCAUUGGGUGGCAGCUCGUCGGGAUAUCGUGCGUCGGCAGCAUCUUCCGCACCGCCUUCGUACCGCAGCCCUGUCUCCGGCUACGGACCACCAUCCUCCGGUAGAAGGUUUUGAGUGCCAAAAAGAAACGGCGCAUUGCUAGUGGAGUAAUGGAGCCUCACACGGCUCGUUCUUUUGAAUGUCACAAUUCUUCACCAACGAUAUCAACCAUGGAGACUAUGGCUCUGUGUCUUUGUAACUACCCUUAACAUCUCUAUCGUCAUCAGCAGUAGCAAAGAAAGCAGUGCCAGUAGUACCAUCAUCCCUUGUCACUAAGAACGUUUCUACUACUAAAUCAGUUUCAUAAAAACAAUAAGAGCAAAUAAGAGUCAUGUAGACCGAGAGCGAGCGAGAGAGAGAAAGAGAGUACGCAAAACGAAGAAAACUGCUGAUUUACACCUCAAGAUAGAAAUUACACCACAACCCCCACAACAGCUAACAACUAGGAACCGUAGGGAACCCGAUCUUCGAUUGAAAUUAACAUUUAGCCAGUGUCGAAAGAACAUACACGAUAUAAACAAUCAUCCAACGCAUAAGAUGGUUUUAUAUUUCAUUUUUGGAACGUCCAUUCAGCGAACGACGAGUGCGUAGGACAUUUAUUUCCGAUCCAACUCUGACGUCUCAUUCACCCCAAACAAUCGGGCAGUCCCGUCGGGACGAUCAGAACGAUCGGGUUUUGAGCGUGCAUGUUGAAUCCUCGUAAAAGCAUACACUGGUUAAUGGGUAGUCCCCUAAUUAGUAACUUUAAUUUGUACUUUGCGCGGGACGCGAUUCAAGCAAAGUCCAUCCACAGAACGCGAAAGCGAAAAUAGGCUAACCGAGAACUACCAGCAGCCUCUGUGGGUAGCACAAAGUGUCGAUAAAAGACAGUGGAAUUGGCGUAAAUUGCUAAACAAACUUGAUCGCGAUCGCAAGCACCGGAGGCAUUCAGUCUACAGCCUGAUGGAAAUCGGAAGAUAACGCGCGUACCGAGUGGGUUGACGAUUGAAAAUAAUGAGCGUAGCGCGACCACGAAUGCUUGGAAGAUUAUUCUCUAUUGUAUUUAUAUACACAGACUCAGACAUACAAUAAUACCUAUAUUUACGGAAGCAAUGCAGAACAACGCAAGAAUUCACCUCCCCAGAGCAGUUUCACACUCCAUCUGCAAUAAGAACAAACACACACACACCUACGAGCAAAGGCGGUUUUUUUUCUGAUAUAGUAUAAUAAAAGAAAAAUCAUUCAACAUUACUUAGUGUUCACCGGCAAAAGUGUGAGAACAUCUUUAAGCACCGUUCACUUUUCGUAACCGAUCGAUCGAUCAGCGGGUCAGCGAACGUAACCGCUGCCCUUACAGGCGAGAAAAAAGCGAAAAACCGGCUCGCGGACAUCCUUAGACUGGAUGCGUUUAUGCGUUUGCUACCAUGUAAAGGUCAUCAGUCGCCUGGUGCGAGCCCUCGAACAAAAU